AUGGCCUUGCCCGAUAAUCGCAAAUCCGUUCUCAUAACCGGCUGUUCGCCAGGGGGAAUUGGCCAUUCACUUGCCCUCGAGUUCCAGCGCAAUGGCCUACGAGUAUUUGCAACUGCGAGAAGCAGAGAGUCACUUGUAGAUCUUGAGGAGAAGGGAAUUGAGACCAUGAGCCUGGUAGUGGACGAUGAAAAGAGCGUUCUAGCAUGCUUGGGUGAACUGAAGUCCAUACUAGGCGACGGGAAAGGAUUGGAUAUCCUGGUCAAUAACGCCGGACGAAACUAUACAGUACCGGCUCUCGAUGUUGACAUGGAUGAAGUGCGUCUGACGUUUGAGGCCAAUAUCAUAGGCGUGAUACAUAUGUGUAAGGUGUUCACGCCACUUAUCAUCGAAGCUAAAGGCACCAUUGUACAAAUAGGAUCUGUUGCAGGAAUAAUACCAUAUGUUUUUGGAUCAGUGUAUAAUGCCACCAAGGGUGCGUUGCAUUCCUACAGUGACACGCUCAGAGUGGAACUGGAACCGUUUGGCGUCAAUGUAGUCACCAUAAUAACUGGAGGCGUUGAAUCACGGAUUGCACGUACACCCCGCACUCUAGCACCCGAUUCUUUAUACCAGCCAAUUCGAUCUGAAUAUGACAGAAGGGUAAAACACAGCCAGGAUAAGGCUACUCCAAACGAAGUCUAUGCUCGACGGGUAGCCACUCAGGUGCUAUACGGCCCAGCCCCAUGGCGCUGGCUAUGGCCGUGGAAAGUAAACCCGAGAAAAUGGGUUUGGGCUGGAAGCAAGGUUAUUUCGAUCUAUCUGCUUUCUGGCGCCUGGCUUUGGGUUGGGGUGUUCAACUAUGCCUUAGGCCGUAUGUUUAAUUUGGGAAAGCUGAAGAAUGUGGAUAUCAGGAAGACCAAGUGA